AUGGAAAAGCCUUAUCCAUUAUAUAUUUCUAAAAUUUUAGAUAUAGGGUCCUUUCUGAUAAAAAAUAUCUUAAAAAUAGUAUAUCAAAAAAAGCUGUAUUUUAAAUACUUACAGAAAAAAGAUAAUUAUUAA